AUGGGAUUUAGCUUACCACAAAUUGAAUUCUUCCAUAAUAAUCUCAUAUCUCUUUACGCUACGUUGGGUCACAUUUCCAUCGCCCGCAAGAUGUUCGAUGAAAUGCCUCAUAGAAAUGUCGUCUCUUAUAACACCAUGAUUGGUGCUUAUAGUCGUAACAAGGAAGACAAUGAAGCUUGCAAUUUGUUCGCUGACAUGAGGAAUCAUGGAUUCUUCCCAACUCAGUUCACAUACGCCAGUCUUUUCUCGUGUGAUUCAUUAAACACUGAUCAAGGAUUCUGUCUGCAAUCAGUGGCCAUGAAGAGCGGUUUGCUCUUUGCUGAUGCUUUUGUGGGAACUGCUUUGUUGGGUUUGUUUGGGAGACAAGGUUACAUCCGUGAAGCAUUCAUGGUGUUCGAGGAAAUGCCUUUCAAGAAUCUAGUGACAUGGAAUGCAAUCAUAUCUUUGUCUGGACAUCAAGGAUUCACAAAUGAAUGCAUGUUAAUGUUUUCUCACUUUAUGAAGACUGAAAUCACAUUAUCUGAAGCUUCAUUCGUGGGUGUUUUAACUGGGUUCCAAUCUAAAGAAAACCUAGAAUCAGGUGAACAAAUACAUGCGUUGGUUAUAAAGUUUGGAGUAGAACAUAGUGUUGCAAUUGCCAACUCACUUGUUAAAAUGUAUGGAAAAUGUGAAGGUAACACAUUUCUAGCAGAAAAAAUGUUUAAAUUUGUAUCCAAUAAAGACUUGAUGACAUGGAAUACAAUAAUUGGAAUAGUAGCGAAAGGGGAAGAACCCAUAAAAGCAAUAGAGUUCUUCUCCAAGAUGUGCAUAAAUGGUUUUCUCCCAAACAAGAUCACGUUUUUGAAUGCUAUCACUUCAUGUUCAAGGUUAGAUAAUCUAACUUAUGGAGAACUUAUCCACUCCAUGAUAAUCAAAAACCAAUUUGAAAAAGAUUCUCUUGUAGCCACUUCAUUGGUUAAUUUAUACGCUAAACAUGAUAGAUUAGAUUAUGCUCAUCCAUGUUUUGACAAAAUACAUGACAAGAAUUUGGUUUCAUGGAAUGCUUUAAUUCACGGAUAUUCAGAUAAACAAUGUUCAUCUUCUCUUCUCCUAAUGAUAAAAAUGAUACACUCGGGUAUUUCUCCGAAUGAAUUUUCAUUCUCUAGUGUUAUAAAGUCACUUUUAGCUACAGAACUCAAGGAGAUUCAUUCUUUAGUUAUAAAAACCGGUUUCCAUUCAAACGAAUACAUAACUAGUUCCCUCAUGACCUCAUAUGCCAAAAACGGUUUCCCUUCUGAUGCAUUGAGAUUCUUUCAAGAUUCCAAAAUCCCACAAUCUAUUGUUCAUACGAAUGUUAUAUGUGGGAUGUAUAAUAGAAAUGGGGAAUACCAUAAAACUCAAGAACUGUUUUGUGAAGUAGGAAACCCUGAUAUUGUUUCAUGGAACAUUUUGAUUGAAGCUUGUUCACGUAAUGGAGAUUACAAAGAAGCUUUUGAGCUUUUUCACCACAUGUUGAUUGACCGAAUUGGACCCGAUAAUUACACAUUUGUUAGCUUGAUAACUAUUUCCACAAACUUAUGUAACCUUCUUUUGGGUAGUUCUCUUCAUGGGCUUAUGAUAAAAUCCAAUUUCAAUCAUUUUGACAUAAUGGUAAACAAUUUAAUGAUUGAUAUGUAUGGGAAAUGUGGAAGUAUUCGGGGUUCAAUUAUGAUUUUUGAAGAAAUGAUGAAGAAAAACGUGAUAUCAUGGACAGUUUUGAUUUCGGCUCUUGGGUUACAUGGAUUUGGAAAAGAGGCAAUAGAAAAGUUUAAGGAAAUGGAAAUGUUUGGUGUUAAAGCUGAUAAGAUUGCUUUCAUGGCUGUUUUUUCGGCUUGUAGACAUGUGGGAUUAGUGAAAGAAGGAAUGGAAUUGUUUGAAAUAAUGAAAGAAAAGUAUGGGAUUGAGCCAGAAAUGGAACAUUAUCUUGUUGUUGUUGACUUAAUGGCUAGAUAUGGUGACUUAAAGGAAGCAGAAAAGUUGAUUUUCGGGAUGCCUUUUUCGCCAAAUGCAAGUAUAUGGCGUAGCUUUCUGCAUGGUUGUAAUAGAGCAAAAUCUCUCCUUUCCCAAAUUCAAGAAUGUUGA